AUGCUGGAUUCCACUGUGGCAGAUCAAAUGGCCCGACUGACCCUGAAACUCUUGGAGAAGAAACUGGAGCAGGAGCGUGAGGAUGUGGAAGGGGAUUCUGAGGACCCCCACCUUGUGCCAGGACAUGAGGACAGGCCGGAUGCAGCCCUGCAGAGCGCCCUGAGGAGGAGGAAGGACCUUCAGCAGAGACUCUGGGAACAAUACCUCCUGGAAGAGCUCUCCCGCGCCCACGCCCGCUCCUGGACAGGGCCCAGCAGAGGAGCCCGUGGGUCAGCGCUGCCAACAGAGGUGCCCCCUGGCAUCUACCCUGCCGCCUCCCCACCCCCACCACCCCUGGAGCUGCCUCGGGUCAUCCAACACUCGGUCCCCCAGGCUCCUCCCACCAUCAUUCAGCAGCUACCUCAGCAGCCACUCAUCGCACAGAUUCCCCCUCCCCAGGCCUUCCCAGCUCAAAGGUCUGGAAGUAUUAAGGAAGACAUGGUGGAGAUGAUGCUGCUGCAGAACGCACAGAUGCACCAGGUCAUCAUGCAGAACCUGAUGCUCCAAGCCGUGCCCCCAAUGGCCCCUGCUUCCUCCAGGGGACCGCAAGCCACACCCCUGCCCCCCACCCUGCAGUGGCCUCACCCCGCCGGGCUGCGAGCUGAGAGGCAGAAGCCGCCCUCCGUGCACCAUCACCACCACUAUGCGCCCCCAGCCCCGAUGCAGGCGGCCGCACCUGGCUCACCCGUGGCUUACUCCACGUGGCCCUCGGUGGUCUCCGCCACCGUCCUCCCACCUGCCGCCAGCUUCCUGCCCACCAUGCGUCACGUGGCCGCCCCCUCUGCCGCUGCCCUUAGCACGGACGUGGUCAGAAAAACCAGGUGGAAGCCUGACAGUGAGAUCAACAGGGAUGUUGUCAGAAAAGAUGCCCAGCAGCCACAGGAAGAUGAUCCAUAG